AUGGCGGCUUCGAGUUCACAAGCCAACGAUUAUACGGUUAUGGAGACAGAUCUCACAAGACAAUUCGCAAGGUACGAAAUAUUCAUAGGAGAAGGCUCGUCAAAAAAAGUUUACAUGGGGUUCGAUAGGCGUUAUGGUACUGAAAUAGCUUGGAGUAAGGUGAAAUUACCACCAGGAACAGAAGAGUCUAGGGAAAAUCUUGAGGAAUUAUGUGCAGAAGCUAGACUACUGCAGUCGUUAGACCAUGAAAACAUUACGAAGUGCUAUCAUUAUUGGAUUGAUGAUGACCAGAAAGUCGUCAACAUGAUUACUGAGUUUUGUUCUUCCGGAAAUCUGACAGACUACAGCAGAGAACAUGUGAAUAAUCUUGUAGGAAAUACGGCGAUCAAGAAUUGGUGUAGACAGAUUUUAAGCGCGUUACAUUAUCUUCAUACUCAUAAUCUGCCUAUUACACACCGUGAUGUUAAGUGUACUAAUGUAUUUGUUAAAGGCAACACGAGCACGAUUUUACUAGGGGACUUGGGAAUGGCAAAGAUUUUUGAAUCAGGGAGUACACCAGCGUUUAGCACUGAUAUAUUUUCGUUUGGGAGUAGUUUAACGGAGAUGGUGAAUAAAGAAGUACAAAUCACUGAACUCGGCAGCUACAACGAUCUACUUAACAUCGGUUUCAAGCCUAUUGGUUUACUCGGUGUGACUGACCCUCAGAUGAAGCAGUUGAUUGAUAAGUGUAUUGACUUUGCACCUGGUGGACCGACGGCAUUGGACCUUCUGAAUGACCCAUUGCUUGCAGUCGAUGUUGCUGACAUAUCGACUGCAAGUACUAGAUCUGGUAAUCUGUCACUGAAAGAAACUGUGCAAGAUCAGGUGGCUGGACUACUACUGCAGCCUACAGAAGUAGUGAGGGAAUUUGACAGCGGAAAUAAGAAAAUCAGGUUACAGGGGAAAAUGUCAGAGGAUGUAUCAAUAUCUAUUACUUUGAGGAUUAUUAUCGAUGGCUUUGAUAUGGUUAGAACGAUUAAUUUUGAUUUCUUACUCAGAGUUGAUACAAUUCCUGAUAUCAUGGAGAAAAUUCAAGGAGAAAUUGACUCGUCUGCUGAAGUAAUUGCGCUGGUUUCUGAAAAUAUGGAACAACUCAUAACAGAAUUCGAGAAUAUGUUAGUGUACUAA